AUGACCAGCUCAUACGGCAGAAUCACUGUUACUUCUGUUCAGGGACGCGAAGUCCUUGAUUCCCGCGGCAACCCGACGGUGGAAGCAGAAGUUCGAUUGUCCAAUGGCGUCGCGGCCCACGCGCUGGUACCGUCCGGCGCCAGCACCGGUAGCCACGAGGCGGUGGAACUGCGGGAUGAAGAUCCGGCCAGCUUCGGCGGUCGCGGCGUGAGACGGGCCGUCGCCAAUGUGAACGAUGUUAUCGGCCCUUGGCUGGCGGGACGUUCGCCGCUGGAGCAAGCCUCCAUCGACGAAGGAAUGUGCGUCCUGGACGGCACGCCGAACAAGGGACGGCUGGGCGCCAACGCCAUCCUGGCAGUGUCGCUGGCGGUGUCUCACGCGGCUGCCGCGUCGGAGGGUGUCAGCCUGUGGCGUUACCUGGCUGCAGACGGGCGGGUAAGCCUGCCGGUCCCGAUGUUCAACAUCCUGAACGGCGGUCGGCACGCUUCCAAUUCGGCGGACAUUCAGGAGUUCAUGGUGUUGCCGGUCGGAGUGGACACUUUCAGUGAUGCGCUCCGAGCCGGAGCGGAGAUCUACCAGUCGCUCCGGUCACUGCUUCGUGCCGAUGGGCAUAACCUCAACGUCGGCGAUGAGGGUGGAUUCGCGCCGUCGCUUCCUUCCAAUCGAGACGCCCUGGAGAUGGUGCUGCGGGCCGUUGAGGCGGCUGGAUACGCUCCGGGCCGCGAGGUUUACCUGGGGCUGGACGUGGCGGCCACCGAAUUCUACGACGAGGCAUCUGGCAAGUACGUACUUGAUCGCGAGGGCGCCACCCUCGACUCAGGGGAGCUGAUCGACCUCUAUGAAGACUGGGCGGGCCAGUACCCUAUCAUCAGCAUUGAGGACGGUCUGUCUGAGGACGACUGGGCGGGCUGGUCAGCAAUGCGGGAUCGGCUGGGUGCCACGGUACAGCUGGUGGGCGAUGACCUGCUGGUAACCAACAUCUCCCGCAUCGGCCGCAGCAUACGUGAGCUGGCCAGCAACGCGGUGUUGCUGAAGCCCAACCAAAUCGGGACCCUUACUGAGACCCGCGCUGCGCUGGACACCGCUCGCACCGCCGGAUGGGGUGCCGUGAUGAGCCACCGCUCCGGCGAGACCGAGGACACAACCAUCGCCGACCUGUCCGUCGGCUGGGACGUAAGGCAGAUCAAGACCGGCGCGCCCGCCCGCUCGGAGCGCGUCGCAAAGUACAACCGCCUGCUGCGCAUCGAGGCCGAGCUGGGCAAUGCUGCGGCCUACGCCGGUAAAUCGGCGUUCGAGUACCUGGGGCGUACGCUGUGA